AUGUCAUCCAGAUAUAAAAAUAUUGAUGGUUUUAUUAUAGAUUUGCACUCUUAAUUUGGUAAUGGAAAAUUUUCUAAGUGUUAUAAAUGCAAUAAUUAAAAAUAUAGAAUACCUUAAUGUGUUAAAGUAAAACUCAUUUAUACAUUUAGGUUAUAUCUAAAACCAAGGAGUUACUAGAAUUGUUUGAAAGAGAAAUAUAAAUCAUAAAGACACUAAUGUAAAUUGAUUUUAAACAUCUUGUGAAGAUACUUCACAUAAAUUAAUAGGAAAAUGAAUGCUAUAUUUUUAUGGAAUAUUGUUCACAAGGAGAUCUUGAUAAUUUUAUUAAUAAAAAACAAAACAGGAUAAAGUAAUUGACAGUUGAAGAGAUAUUAUCUAUUUUAGACUAAAUUAUAUAAGGCUACAAAGAGCUUCAUCAAUGUAGAAUUAUUCAUAGAGAUAUAAAACCAGCCAAUAUAUUACUUGGAAAUAAUGGAUAUUUUUAGGUAUAAUCUAAACCUUAUUUAGAUUGCUGAUUAUGGUGUGUCAAAAAUUCUAGAUAAUCCUGACCUUAUUGCAAAUUAGAGUUAAAUUGGAACACCAUUUUAUGCUGCUCCAUAAGUACUCAUAGGAGAUAAUUAUUCUAAUAAAUGUGAUGUUUACAGCGUAUUAUAACUAUUAAAUAUAGCUUGGUGUCAUAAUAUAUGAAUUAGUCUAUUAAAAAAUUCCAUCCCUUUAUUACGAUAGAUAAAAUUUAUUUGGAGCUACAAGAAAAGCAAAAGAUUAGAAUAUAUUAAUUGAUAAUUUACCUCCAACCCUUAGAGGAGGUACUGUUUAAGAAAAAGAAAAAUUGUUGAAAUUUUUAAAUUAAUCUUUAGUUUUUGAAGAAUCCUCUAGAAUAAGUUGGGAAGAAUUAUUUAAAAUGUUUCCUUACUAGUGCUCAUAAAUUACAUUAACAAGUCAAUCAAACUAGAGUUCAUAAUUAAUCCCAAGUUCAAUAUCUAAUCAGGUUGUCUCAACUAUUCAAUAAUAAUCUAAUGUCUAAAUAUCAAAUUAAUUCGAUAAUAAUAAUAAAGUAUCACAAUAACCUAUAACAGAUGUUUAAAGGUCUAACAUUACAUAAUAGAGUUCUAUUUAAAGUUAUAAUUAAAGUAGUAAUCAAUCUUCACAACUAAUUUAACCAUAAGUGAGUGAUAUUCCUCAUAAUUAAAACCCUCAGAAUAAUUAAUAAUAAUAAAAUUUCAAAAUAUUGAUUAGGCCAAUAGAUAAUUUUUUAGAAAAGAUUAUAGAAUUCUAUAUGGCCAAACAUUCUAUUGCUGAAAGGUUAUUUAUGAAAAAUGAAAGUUUUCUUUAAAUUAUUGAAAAUCAAAAAGAUUUUGUCAAUUGUGGGUCUUAUAUUUCUCAUCUAUAAUUAAUUUAAAUUUUAUUAAGUGGAUAUUAAUGUUCAAUCAUUUUCAAUUUAUAUCAUUUUGUCUUUUAAACUUAAGAGUAUUGGAAUUAUUUAUAAAUAACAAAUGAAGUAAAUGCAAUUAAUAGAUAAUUUUUGGAAGAAUAAAUUAGGCUAUAUUUAAAUAAUGAUACUGAAACAAUCCAAGUUUAAUAGAAACAUAUCAAAAGACUAUAUAUCACAUAGAAAAGGGAUUUUUAAGUAAAAUAUAUUAUUAUUAUUUAAGAAAUAAUUGAAAAUAGUUUAAGACUAUCAAAAAAACUAAAAAAUUAACUUUAAAUUAGAAGAAAUAAUUGGUGACCUUAUUUAAAACGAAAUCUUCUACCUCUCUAAAUCAUUUUUAAAUUAAAUGAAAAUAAAAUAAUUUCAUCUUUAUUUUAAAUCUCAAAACGAAAAUGAAAAUGAAUCUCUAAAAGAACAUAAAAUGCAUCAUUUAGCAUAAUCUAUAAAUAUUUUUACUUUUGAAGAAUAAUAUAGUGAGCUUAUUUAAAUUUUAGAAUUUGAUAAAAACAAAGUUAUUCAAAUUCCAACUGAUGAAUAAUCUAUCAAAAAAAUGAUAUCAGAUUACUUUUCAAAUUUAGAAAAUAACAAAUAAAUUUGA